AUGGCGCCUCCAACCCUUCCCCAGUCUUUACCUCCCUUGGUUCGACAUACGGCUUCUCACACGGAUGGGCCCGACCAGGAUCUCGCCGACGUCCCUACCUCUACCUAUCAAAUGGAACGCUCGACCUCGUUGCCCCCGACCGUUCGGGCAGAUUUGGCACGCGUAAAGCUUGCCAAUCGAGACGGAGGACACAGCUCACCACGGGCACGGUGGUCUCUCGAGCUUCUGUGCGGAGAGGAACAAUUACCCCAACCCGGAGAUCGACCGUAUAAUCACAACAACACGGACGAAUUCACCGUGUCAAGCAAGCGAGAACACUCAGUCACCUCCUCCCCAGCGGGCUCCGACACCUACUCCGACGACGAUGGCUACUACUCCCCCCGGCUGGCGUACCCCCGGCCCCCACCGCCCCAACCGCUAGGUGCCCCUCGAUUCCUCCCCCCUCCAUGGCACCCAUCGGCCCCAAGCGGGCCAGUUCAAAGGCGUCCGCCGCUGCCAAACCUUCGGGACCUAGACCCGGCCUAUUCCGACUCCGAAUCAGAAGACAUGGAUGACGAUGAAGCAACCAGAAGCUUGCAUAGUGCCGGUUGGCCGCGGACCGAGCGCUUGGAGAUGGCCGAUGCAAAACAGAGGUGCAUUCGGCAACUGCGGUACCAAAUCACGAACAAGAGAAGGGAUUUACGGCAACUCAGACACCAGAUGGACAGCAUAGACAACUCUUUUAUGCAAAUCCUUCGUCCUCACUUGGCGUCAAAGACUGGCGUCGCUAUGAUCCCCAUAGAUGUACUCGAGGGGAAACUGAAUGAGAUGCAAGCUAGUCGAGACGCGUACUACACGGCUGAGGUAGCAUUCGAAGCCAUGGAGUCCGAGCUGGAAGCAGAGGAGUCUAGGCUUCGCAUCAUAGAGACGAGGGCACCGCGGUUCACGCCUGGUGGGUUUGAUACGGCGCAACCGCCCAAAAUCCCCCCGCCACCACCGAUAGGGACGAUACCAAGAGUGCCACCUGCACCAUAUACUCGGGGGUGGGACAGUGAGGCCUCAGAUGCCGAAAGUGCCGCUGCGUCAUCAACCCCCGAAGCCCUCUUAGGAAUAUCGGGGUCUCUCCAUGAGGACGUUCACUUCUUGUACGACGACCUUGUCCAAGCCGCCAGCGAUCAUCGGCUGGCUCUGGAGCAGGUACAGGACAUUGAAAUGCGCCGCGAUAAGCUUUUAUACGACCUUGAGAUUGAAAUACUUCGGAAACGGGGCCGUGAAGGCCAAGGAAAUCAGAUGAGCGAAGAGGACCUUCUCUCCCUUCGAUCGUUACUCGCCAAAGUUCCGACCGACGCCACCGAAUUUGAACACCAGUUCGGAAUUGCCGUUACAACAGACGAGCUGGAGUUUCUCCAUGGCUAUGACUCGGCCCACGAGCUCGCCCAGAAUGAACUCGACAUCAGCUCAGAGACUCUAUCCCGAUUGCGGGCCCUCUGUAUCAAAAGGGGCGUCAUGCGAAAGCACCCCUCCCUUCGGGAGGAACUAGACAUCUUCUCUGGCUGCUCAGAUUGGGCGCUACAUCCGGAGGAUGGCAAUAUGAGCAUCGAGCUUCCACCAAACCCCUCUGCCUCGCUUGCCCACCCGCGCUUCCCCAUCCUCUUGUCCAACCCGUCGCAUGUCCUGGCCCAACUCACACCGCUCCAGGCACUUGAGCAAGCUCUCAAGCUCCCCAAAGACGACCCAGUCAGCGCCCUACGCCGAGCCGAGUGCAUGAAGGAGCUAGGAAUUGGCACCCUCAUGACCAAAUUCGACAGCAAGCCCGAUUUCAUCAACCAGUGGCUGAUCCACCGCCUGCGCACUUCGGCUGUUGAAGCAGAACUCAUGCUCGCCGUUUGUGAGGGCGAGUUCCGCGUCGUCAACCUCCGCCGUUGGCAAGAGGAGGUGCUGUACUAUUGGCGGCACGAUGAGGCUGCGACACAGGGUUUUGAGCGCUUCGACACCCCCAUCACGCCGCGGGACGACACCCCGUUUCUCCUCCCACUGCUGCCGUCACCAAAUAAUAGGAAGCCCAUCGUUACUCCAGCUGGUGUUGGCACUGUCGCGCGGAUGCCCCUUGAGGUCGGCCGAAACGACGAGAACGAAGGGGGUAGUGUGUGGGGCGAGGCGAACUCGGCCAUUAUUGGAGGCGAGGGGAAGGCCCGCAGUGAUUCUGGCGGGUUCACUGGGAGUCUCCGUGCUAGAGAGAGAUGGACGAGAUCCGUGAAGAGUUCGGGAUGA